AUGGAGAUCCAGAGCCCGUCGCCGCCGCCCAGCCCCUGCCCACUCCUACGCUGCCGCGGCCGCCGGGAGCAGCACCACGGCGAGGCGUGGGUCCACGUGGCCGUCGGGAGGUCACCGGAGAAGACGCUUGGGCUGCUACGAUGGGCCCUGCGCCGCUUCGGGUGCGGCCGCAUCGCCCUCCUCCACGUCCACCAGCCGUCGCCGGUCAUCCCAACCCUCUUAGGAAAGAUCCCCGCGGCGCAAGCCACAGAGGAGCUGGUGCUCUCCCAUCGCGAGUCCGAGAAGGAGGAGAUGAACAAGAUCCUUCACACCUACCUCGCCUUCUGCCACAAGGCCCAGGUCCAGACUAGGCUUCUUGUCACGGAGAACGACCAAAUCCACGAUGGCAUCCUUAGCCUGGUCGACCAGUACAGGAUCACCAAGCUCAUAAUGGGUUCUGCACCUGAUAAUUGCUUCAAGUUAAAAUAUGGCAAAGAAUCUUUGAUGGCCAGCAAUGCUCCUGCAUUCUGUCAAAUCUGGUUCGUGUGGAGAGGAAGGCACAUCUGGACCAGAGAAGCGAGUGCGGCCGCCGACAACGCUACCCCUGUUCAGUACCAAGAUGAUGUGAUGACUACAAAGAGAAUUAGGUUCAGCUCAUAUGCUAACAACACUGGACCCAUACUUGAUGAAGGAUAUCUUGCGUGCGAGGCAUUAACAACAGUUGAUCUAGAUCAAGGCGUUGUUUCAGAUUAUGAUCGAUCUAAUGAUUAUGAAGCUUUUGGGGCACAUGAAGCCAACCAUUUCAACAGUAUGAGCAUGUCAGAUUGGCAAGAUGAUACAGAAGCUGCACUCAACUUAACAUUCUGGUCUGAUUCUUCUGUACAUGUUGAUACAUUACAGUUAUAUUCUAAGGAAUUAUUGGCCAGAAAUGUCAAACAAGUAAUGAUGGAAGCUGACAGAUCAAGGAAAGAAGUUUUUGUUGAGCUGAUGAAGCGCAAAGAAACGGAGUCAAAAGCUGUAAGUGCUUUUGCCAAGACAAAAGAUUCUGAUUCUGCUAAAAAACAUGAAAUGAAAAUGAGGGAGGAACUUGAAGUUGUAUUGGUAGCCACAAGAAAGCAGCAUGAAGAUCUCAUAAAGAAUAAAGAGAGAGCAGUAUCAGGGCUGAACUCAUCUAUGAGAAGAUUAGCUAUCCUAGAUGCCCAUUUCGAAAAAAUAAAGCUUCGGAUAGAUGAGUUUUCAGCAGAGCUUGAAGUGAUCCAAUCUUCCAUAGAAAGUCUUUGCCAGAAGAAACUAAAAAUGCAAACGCUCGAAAACAGACACAUUCACCAGGUUAAGGGGUGCACAUACAGCCAUGCCACACUGUCAAAUUGCGUCUCAAAUGCUUUUGGAGAUGAUUUGUACAACUUCAGAGAAUUUACAAUGUUAGAUAUGCAAUCUGCUACAUGUAAAUUCUCAGAGAGCUUCAAGAUAUGGUCACAAGGUCAUGGGUGUGUUUACAAAGGAGAAAUUAUGAACAGAACUGUGAUGAUUUAUAAGCUGCACUGCCAUAGCAUUGAGAGUGUGAGUCAGUUCCAGCAAGAGGUUUAUAUCCUCAGCAAGGUGAGGCACCCUCAUCUAGUGACACUGGUUGGGGCAUGCCCAGAAGCACUGUGUCUCGUUUAUGAAUAUCUGCCGAAUGGGAGCCUUCAUGACCUAUUCAGCAGAAGCAAUAGCCGUCCCUUGCCAUGGAAAAUUCGUGCGCGCAUUGUUGCUGAGAUCUCGGAUGUAUUGGUGUUCUUGCAUUCCUGUAAACCUCAGAUGAUCGUACAUGGCAACUUGAAGCUUGAGAACAUCCUCCUAGAUACUGAAUGUCAUUGCAAGAUAGCCGAUUUUGGUAUUUCUCGGCUAUUCACGGAUGACAUGAAGGAUUACCCAUCAGGUGGUUCUGAGCUGAAAGGGUCUUUUCCCUAUGCAGAUCCAGAGUACAAGAGAAGCAAAGUAUUAACACCGAAGUCUGACGUAUACUACUUCGGCAUUGUGAUACUCCAGCUACUGACCGGAAAACAAGAGCCUGCAGGGCUUGCUGGUGAAGUAAGGCGUGCUAUGUCUUGUGGCAAGCUAUCAACAAUUCUCGAUCCGACUGCUGGGCAGUGGCCUAUGGAGGUGGCUGGAAGGCUAGCAGAAUUGGGCCUGAGGUGCAGUGAAGACAGCAGCCGAGAUCGCCCAGACCUGACUCCUGAGACUGUACGAGAACUGGAACAGCUACACUUGAUGAGGCAGGAACGAGCACCCUCCUCUUUCCUGUGCCCAAUUAUGCAGGAGGUAAUGCAUGAUCCUCAGGUGUGUGCUGAUGGGGUGACCUAUGAAGGGUGGGCAAUCCGUGAGCGGAUGGAGACUGGGCAGGGGACGGCGCCUCUGAACAACCUGAAACUAGAGCAUCUCAAUCUCACACCUAACCACGCCCUUCGGUUUGCUAUCCAGGAUUGGCUUCGUCACUCUCGCUGA